AUGAAGCCAACCGAAUCGCCGCCUCCAAAGCGAAACGCGAAGCCCGCAAAUCACAGCUUCGCCCAGUCCGCAACGCCGCUGCACAAACUCCCCCUACGUGUCCUCGAUGUCAACGGACAUUCCGGGCAUGAAUCGGACUUGUUGGACAUCUUUGGAUCAACUGCACCUCUCGAACUGCUUCAGCCAUCGUCCCCCCGCCCGCCUCUUCCUCCUCUCUUCCGCCAACUAAUUCUGACACUCCUUCUGCACCACCACUUCCAUCCUCCUCCUUCUCCUCCACUGCCCCAGCGGCGGCCGUUCAGACUGCUGUCUCACACAUCACAAACCCCGACACAAUAACCGCCACCACCCCCACCUCUCUCGAUUCCAGUGAUGAGGAUCAGGACUACACCUGCUCUCACUGCGACCGCACCUUCGCCUCUCGCAUCGGCCUGGUCGGUCACUUGCGAAUCCAUCGCACAGAGACUGGCGAACCAGUGCCUGGAGCACCAACCUACACCCACCGCACUCGCCUUCACUGCCCACACUGCCCUCGCACCUUCACGCAUCGCAUGGGUCUAUUCGGCCACAUGCGCAUCCACGACGACCUGUGGUAG